AUGUCUUCCACCGUUGAAAGAAGUCCACCAUGCGGCAUAUCUGUGCUGAUUGUGGGUGCCGGAAUUGGAGGCCUAAUGACCGCGCUGGAGUGCUGGCGGCAUGGUUGUGACGUGCGAAUCCUGGAACGAGCAAAGGGACUCUCUACUGUUGGCGAUUCAUUCCAGAUAGGACCCAGCGCCAUCAAUUCCUUCAAGAACUACCCAUUCAUGUACCAAAAGGCUAGGGACAUCCAAUUCCACACCAUGUUGGCUGUUCACAACCAACGCGGGGAGCGACUCAAGGAACCUGUUCCCCUCACAAACUUGAUGUCCGAAUCAGUGAGCUCGGAAACUCGGAUGAACAUGCAACGGCAUUCGCGGCCAAGAUUCCAUGCCAUGAUGCACGAGCAACUCGCACAGCUUGGUCUCGAAGUUGAGUAUAACAUGCAAGUGACCAAAUACUUUGAAGAUACAGCAAAGUCGCAGGCGGGAGUUAUUGUUCAGGACGGUUCCAGGUAUGAGGCAGAUCUCGUGGUAGCUGCAGACGGCGUCAGGGGAAACUCUUGGUCUCUCGUCGCUGGCGAACCRGUACCUGCCCGCAGCAGCGGGGAUGCUGUAUUUCGUGUUGCGUACCCUGUGGAGCUGGCGCUCGCAGAUCCUGUGAUUGCAGAGCGGUUCAAGAUGCGUGAAGACGGCUAUAGCGUCAUAGAGAUGUGGGUCUCCCCGGGGAUGCAAGUCUUCUUCUGGAGGAACGAGGCUGAGAUGAAUUGGUCAAUCACGCAUCCCGACGACGGCAGUGCAGCAGAGUCAUGGGGAAGUAAAGCCGACCCAGAAGACGCUAUCAAGUACACAUCAACUCUAGAGGGCUUUCCAGAAGUUGGCAACCGAGUCAUCAAAGCAACGCCUCCGAACCAGCUUAUUGAUUGGARGCUAAUGUGGCGAGAUCCACAACCAGUAUCAAGCUCUCCGGGCGGCUUUGUCGUGCAAAUCGGUGAUGCAGCACACACUUUCCUGCCAUCCUCAGGCAAUGGUGGCACACAGGCGAUAGAAGAUGCGUUGAGUCUUGCAGCAUGCUUAUCCAAAGCCGGGAAAUCGAACAUUCCGGACGCCACGAAAGUGCACAGCUUGCUGCGCUUCGAGCGAGUAUCGUGCCUGCAAGCUUUCGGGGUCAAGAAUCGUGACCAACGAGACCUAAACAAGACCAAAGGCGCUGAGAAGAGUGAUACGCCUUUUGUGAAUUUUGGAGCCUGGAUUACCCAGCAUGAUCCGGAGAAGUACGCGCUGCAGAACUAUGAGGCGGCUUUGGAACAUGUCAAAUCUGGGACACCGUUCACAAAUACUAAUACUCCUCCUGGAAUGGUGUAUAAGCCUUGGACAAUUGAUGGCUUGAUGGAAGCUUAUAACAAGGGCGAACCAACUGUACUCAGUGGCGACUGGGAUUAG